GCUAGGCACAAUGUAUGAAUUUGGAAUGAUAAUAAAUAUAAAACUUGGUGAGGGACAUUUGCUGGCAGAUAAACUGAAUCAAUAAAAGGACUGAGGUUAUUAAGCAGGCACUCAGCAUAAAGGAUAGGCAGAUUCAGAUAGCUCUACAGAAACCUGUUGCUCAUUGAGGCGCUCCACAGGUCUCGCAGAAGACAUCACCCUCUGUCACACUCCUCUGGUCUAAUAUUCGCUCAGUUCAGAGAGGCUGGACAGGAUGGCCUGUUUGAAGGAGGGUUCCAGAGGACGAGGGUGUCUGCUGCCGAGAGGAUGGGAGACACAGGGCAGGACAAUGUUGACGCACUGACCUCACAGGAGAAAAAGUCUCGUGGCCGAAAUCGAUUCUGCAAGACCUGCAAAUUCUCCAGCACAGAUGCUAAGGAGUUCCAACAUCAUCAGAUGUAUGCUCAUAAUGCAGAGGAGAACAAAGCCCUUGAUAAAGAAAUUCAAUCCCAAAAAUUAGAACCAAGGCGGAAAUCCUUAAAUGCUGCCAGCAGAAGCCCAAGGCGAUCGAAAGACGAUUCAGACAAUUUAUCAACUUCCAGAAGCCCUACUGCUGACCUUAAACAGCAGGGCGAGCACAACGCUAAAAUUAAUGGAACAGAUGAGGAAAUUGAACAAAUGAAGCUUACAAACAUGGAUGACUCGUUAACGAAGAAGAAUCCUGCUGUUCCUGUCAAAAGAACAGGAAACAUUCAGACCAGGAAUUACGUCUGUGCCAAAUGCACCUUUGACACAACCAGUGCCCAGGUGUUCCUUCAUCACCAGGUGGAUGAACAUCAAGAGAACAUUUCCAUUUUCGAAUGUGAUUUAUGUGACUAUGCAACGAAAUACAAACAAAAGCUACCUCGCCAUCGAAAACUUCAUUUCACGGCUCGUGAAGGUGGCGACACACCAGACAUGGACUUUUCUGCAGUUUCUGCAAUUUCUGAAACUGAUGCCUUAGACGAUCAAAAUGACUCAACAGACGUUGUCGAUGGUGUUGUUAAUAUGCAGUCCGGUAAGACAGCAGCUGCCAACUCCAAUGGAAUCAUCGAACUUGGCCUUGAAGAUUUGGAGGGCAGUGACAAACCAGAUGAAAGUGAUGCAGCAGAAAUGCUUCAGAGUGAAAUUGAGGAAGAAACUCCUGAGCCUGAGCUAGAGUCCUCAGCAGCUGCUACACCUGCUGCUGCAUCAACACCAACUCCAAGUGCUGACACUCCAGUAAGAAAGAAAGCUCCCAGACAGGAGGUGGACCCACGCAAAUAUGUUGUCAUUCGCAGUGACAAAGGAGUCAAAUUUGCCUGUUCAAGGUGCACCAGUAUUUAUAGCUGGCGGAAAUCUCUCAACAAACAUUGGAAAGAAAAGCAUCCUGGCGAUCUUCCUGAUGCUAAAGUUAAGGCUAAAAAACUUGCUGAACUAAGCGAAAGUGAAGCCUAUGGCUCCCCAGGGGAUGUUUCUGCCACACUUGUUCGUGGAAAACAUAACUUCAGCAGCUUUGGACCUCCCAUGACUUCUUCACCAGUUUUAAACAUUCCACGAUCCCGAUCUUCCACGCCCUUAUCCGGCUCUGGCAUGCCAACAAAUGGAUCUACAUACCAUCAGGCAAGCUAUCAAACCCAGGAUGGUUAUCCUGCACACCCAAUGCCUAAUGUCAUUGGACCAUUCGUAACCAAUUCCAUCAGACCAACAUACAUCAACGAAUCCGCCGUUGGCGAGGAUCUGUCCUCUGCUAAAGAUAUCAUGGCCAAAAUGCAACCAGAGAUCUUAGACUUGUCCAGAUCUUCCAAGCAAGAGUAUGAAGAGGAUUCUGAAAACUUAGAUGAAAGCCUGCAAAACGAACCCCUUGAUUUCUCCAUCAAGCAAGCUUCAGGUGAAAGUGAAAGCAGCAGUGUGCGAACUUUGCUGGAGAAUGGUUCCCUGGAUGGACAUUACCUUUACAACAGAAUGCAUAUAAAGACUGAGCCUGCCUGGUCAGGAGACGAGAAUGACAACUUCAAGCGGGACAACUUCAAUGUGGCCAAAGGCACGCAGGGUUCACCUCAGAAAAGCCCUCGUAACCAUGUCCUUCAGUGCUCCCGUUGUGCUUACGUGGCUAAAACGCUUGUUGAUUACAGUGCUCAUAUGGGCAUUCAUUUGAACAAAAGAGCUUUCAAAUGUGCAGAAUGUCAGGAGCAUUUCAGUGCAGUGGAAGAGCUGAACAGUCACUUUGCCGAAAAUCACUCCGAAAAAAUUCUCAAGCACAAAGAAGCUAUCCAGAAAAUCCCUCAUGGACUGCUCCAAACUUAUCACCUACUGAAUGUUCCUGUAAACAAACUGUCCACCCUUUCUAAUAACAGCUACACUCAAACAGGCGACAAGCAGUUAAAAUGCAAUAUGUGUGGGUUUGUAGCUCGCUGGCCAGCUGAACUGCAGAAACAUGCCGUUUCCCAUUCCGAAGAACGCCCAUUUGUGUGUAUGGUGUGUGGGUCUACCUACAAGUGGAAGUGGGAUCUUGUAAAACAUUUUGAGAAAAGCCACCAUACUCUACCCAACCCUUACAAACGCCGAGAUCCGGGAUCCCAACAGUCUCCUUCCUCUUCCUUCUCUACAUCUACUGCAGCAGCUCUACUUGACAAUGACAGAAGCCUCCCUGCUAUGGAAGAGGACUCUGGUAACUCUGACACUGAACCAAAUAAGAAGAGAAGAAGACUGUCGGAUUCGGAUCUCUCUCAGCUGAAAGCCAGAGCCAGUGAGUCUGAGGGAACUGGCAUCAACGCAGACUCCAACAACAAUGAAGAUGAAGAUGAACUGACUGAUGACUGCAAAAUUCUUUCACAAGAAUAUGAAAAUGAAUAUCUUGCAGCACUAGAAAUGCGUCGACUGGCACCAUCAGAAAUUGAGGCCAUGAACCAGAUUAGAAUGGCAAGUGAGGGCAGACCCGAAGGUAUGGAGGGCAUAGAAUUUGACCCAGAAGAUCCAGAACCAUACAUGCAGUACUGCAGACCUAUCAAUGAAGCCACACAGAAAAUCAUUGCAGAAACCUUAAGACAACGAAUCAGUCAAGGAAGGUUUCCAAAUAUGAAUGACGAGAAGGCACUCUCAGGAGACCCGUCAUCUAGUGCUGAUAUCCUACUUCCAUACAAAUGCCCUUCGUGUGAGUACAGAGCACGGUGGCCAUCUGAAAUAACACAGCAUAUGAAGAACCACUCUGAUGAGAAGCCAUUUAGAUGCCCAAGGUGCAGUUAUCGUAGCAAGUGGAAAUGGGAUGUUGUCAAACAUUUAAAACGUUGUGGAGGAGGAACCAUUAAAGAUGUUAUUGACACGUCUGUAGACGAACAGAAGAUGGAUCUGUGUGGUGGAAAUGUGGUUCUCAGUGUGCCGAAAUUGGAUGGAUCAAAACAAUCCACAUCCCAACCACUGUCGUAUCUAGUCGGAUCAUUCCCUAAUUCUCAAGGCCAGAACCAAGCCAUUUCUUUACUAUCCUCCGGACGAUCUGUGCUGAAAUCUCCAUGCCCAAAUGUGACUGUAUUACCCCCAAAUGCUAGUGGUUUGGUAGGAAUCCCCUCUGCUAGUCUUCUGCAGAAUUCACCUGAAGGGGCUUUAAGCCCAAACUCUGCACAUGGAGGUGCGGUUCAGAAAGCUGUAAAGCAGCCUGUUUUCAGAGGGCUUAUCAAUGGAGGAAUGUAUCACUGCCUGCACUGUCAAUUUGUCGGGCAUAGCCCAGCUGAACUAAAGAGACACUCCAUGAUUCACUCUGAAGAAAGACCAUUUACUUGUUCUACUUGUGGGUACAGCAGCAAGUGGAAGGGGGACCUGAAAAAGCAUCUGAGGACGUACAACCAUGCUGGAAUUAUCGCUGGACCUCCAACAAACCGGCCUAUUCUCCCCAGACCUGAUCCAUCGGACGAUGAAUCACCUUCCAACCUAAGUCAAACUGAUGAUGGCAAAACUGGUGAUGGUUUAUCCAUGAUCUUUCAUGAUAAGAUACUUUUCAAAUGCAAGACAUGCCCUUAUGUGACCUACAAGAAAAGCUCUUACGACGCCCAUUUGAAAACUCAUGGUGCUUCAGGGUCAAGCGAGGGACCAUCGAAAUUCAAGUGCAAGCAGUGCCAGUUUCAAGCUCAGGACUUGUCCACAUUUCUGCAGCACAGACUAACCCAUACGCAAGCAGCGCAGAUGACAGUUCCAACCAAGAAACCUGUUGCGUCGCAGUCCUUUGACAAUGAGGUGUCGUCCAGAACCAUACAUUUGAAAUACAGACGGAGGCCAGUCAAACAGUUCAAAUGCAGCAAAUGUCCUUACGUGUGCUUCAAGAGGAGUGGGCUAGACUCGCACGAAGCCAUGCAUGAACCCAGAGGUGUAGAUGCUCACACAUGCCUGUUUUGCGACUACAAUGUAUACAACAGAAGUCUUCUCAUGCAGCAUAUGAGGCUUCAUUCUGAGUAUGACCCAGCCAUUCAUGAACUUGUGGGCGAAGGUGAAAGCGACAGUCCCCCAGAUGUGCAAGAGGAAUGCAGUGAACCUAGUGAAGAAAUUAUUGACUUGACUCCUAAUACGAAUUAUGUUUACAAUGUAAACAUGCGUGAGGCCACAAGUUCUGUGCAGUCUCCCAUUAAGCAAGCCACCUCAAGCAAAAGACUGGCAUGUGAAUGGUGCAGCGCAUCUUUUGAUCAUUUGCUAAACCUGUUUCAGCAUGCUCAGAUGAUGCAUCCACAAGAAUUGAGUGCCCAAGAGAAGGCUCCAAUGGAUUUCUCCCAGACUUCCAGUCAUCCUUUGGACUUCUCUCAGAAAACCCAGCCUCAGACUGUCCCACCUCACAGGGUUAAGCCAGGAGUGUCCUUGCUUACUGGCACAGUGCAAGGUAACUUCAUGGGGAAUCAAACAUUUGCCACACCAAAAACCUACCAGCCUAUCAUGCCCAAGAAAAUGGACACAAGCUCCAACCAAAGUGAUGUGGACAAGCAACCAUGGCUGAUUAAUGCAAGGAAAACAACUCGCUCUCCUGUGGCAGCAAGAAAGAGCACAAGUCCUGCCAAGCGCAGCCCCAGACACCAGUGCUCUAAGUGCCCAUUCAUUGCCAGUAACUUGUUCUCCUACUACAGACACAUGGAGCGACAUGGCAGCAAUUGUAAACAUACUUGCUCUUAUUGUGACUACAGCAUUAAUCGCCUGAACCUUCUGUAUCAACACAUGAAGGGAGCCCACAAUAUCUACUGGUAUUCUGGAGAUGGGAAAAACAGUGGCCCAGACUUAAAACAGCUUGCCAUUGCAGAUAAGAAUCAGAAUGCUAAUAAUGAAGUGUCCAGGACACCAACUCCCUCAACCGUCAGCCCAUCCCCAACAGGAUCCACAUAUUCACAGGACAUGGAUCCUCAUCUCACAUCUGUGAGUCCUAGCAGCUCUCUUGGCCCUGAGCCAGCUGAAGAGGUGCCGCUCGACUUCAACCUGGAGAAGGCAGUGAUGAAUGUCGACUUCAAAAAAAGGCUUCCUGUAGGGAGCAUUCGUAAGCCAGGGGCAAAGCCUACUUUGGUGAUUGUUGAAGAGACCAACUGGCGUGGUAUUCCCAUCCAAAUCUGCUUCCUUGAUGGCCGCAAAAAUUAUAAAUGCCCUCUUUGUAACUACAUAAGUAAUAAUGCUGCAAAUGCUACAAACCAUGUCCGCCAGCAUGGCACCAACCGAAGAUACAGGUGCGACUAUUGUAAUUAUAGUGUAGAUAACCUGAGACUGGUCUAUCAUCACAUGGAAUCAAUUCAUAGAAAUUGUCCUUACAAUACAGUGGAAAGGAUUGAGAAAUCUGGGGGGCAGAUAGAGAGCAUUGAUGACUCGGUGAUGAAUGAUGAUGCCAGUUCAGUUGGCACAGCAGAGGACAUCGCCAACAAUGUCCUGGAUACCAAAGUUAUUUCCCAGCUUGAAACGGCCCUAAGUCAAAAUCCAACAGUUAAGUUGUCCAAAGAUGAGCCGCCACGAAGAAGCAUCAAGUGUUCUUUCUGCCCAUUCCGUGCAAAAAAUAAAGAUUCCUACACCAAGCACCUUGAAAUGCAUGAACUGAGUGGAAGGUACAAGUGCAAGCAUUGCAGCUAUAGUGCAGAUCGCCUUAACCUGAUGACACAACAUUCCCGUGUGCACCCAGCCUCUGAGGGCUCAGGUCUAGGUAACUGUAUUGAGAUCUCACAUACAGCAGCCAGAGGAGUUGCCAAACACAGCAUUAACAUGAAUUCUAGGAUUAACGGAAGGAUCAGAUAUAGGUGUUCCAGAUGUCCAUUCAAGACUUUCUGUAAGAGUAACAUCAUAAAACACCGACGACAGCAUCUGAUGAAUGGCAAGUACAAGUGCCCGAAAUGCAACUACAGUGCAAUGAGAUGGUAUGUCCUCCAGCAACAUCUGAAAUUUCAUGAAGCAGACGAUCCGACCAAGCAAAGCCCCAGUAACAAGGACAGUUUCCAAGACUUUAUUCUUGACCCAAAUGAUGAGAAAGCGGCUGAAGCUUUACGUCAGGCUGAACCAGGAACUCUUCCUGAUGCUGAACAACAAGAGCAGGAAUUGAUGAUGUCUGCAGAUGGUGCUGGAGAAGGCAUGGAGUUUGACUCAGAACAAGACCUGGAAGGUUUGGAAAAUGGGGACCUAGAUGCCAUGGAAACAGAUCAUCCAUUCCAGGAAGGUGAUGAAUUGGAGCCAGGUAGUCUAGAGUGUAAGGAAUGUCCCUUUACAGCCUUGACUGUGACUGAUUAUCGCAAACAUUCCCGCCUUCACAAGUUGGCCUUGAAGUUCCGCUGUGAUUUGUGCUCUUACAGCAUCGACAGGCUUAAUGUACUGUUGGAACAUCGACAGCUGCACUUAGGCGACCCUGAUUAUGUCCAAGAUAUGCCCACUGAAUCGCUGCUAAACCCGGACUACACAGAAAAGGGAAGAAAGGUUUCAAGCCCAGAUUCUGGUGACUCUGGAGAGGAGAAGUUGAUGGUGAAGAGUGGUAGCAUGUCUGAGGAAAGCAAGAGGUUUACUUGCUCCAUGUGCCCUCAUCAGUGUAACAAAGUAAGGAAUCUGAAUGCACAUAUGGCUCGCCACGGUCAGAACGGCAAGUUCAUCUGUGACUGCUGCAGCUGGAGCUCUAACCGGUUAAAUCUGGUUUAUCAACACAGACAAGUACAUUCCAAAGAGCCGGACUUUGACCAGAACCCUGAAGACAUCAAGUUCCUCAAUCGUCAAUAUGCUCUCGGCGAAAGUGUUUCACCAUCCCUGGAACAGAGUGAGGAUAGCACUGGUGAAACAGGCCUUGAGGAGGAGGAGGAGGAGGAUGGAAAUGAGGAUGAAGCCCACAUUGAACUGGUGCGAGGAGGAUCAACACCCUCGGAGACAACCAGCAUGCAGAUACCACGCAUCCAAAGGCAGUACAACUGUCACCUUUGUCCAUUUUCUUGCAACAGUAAGAGCAGCUUUGCCUACCACAAGAACCUCCAUGUGAUUAGAGCGAAGUACACCUGCACCAACUGUUCAUAUAGUGUGGCACGUUGGAAUCUAUUACGUCAACACAUGAGGCUGCAUGAAAACCCUGUAGAUGAAACAGUGUCUACAAAGCAGAGGCUGAAAUGUCCUCUCUGCCCAUAUCACACUCGUAGCAAGGAGCUGUUGGAUGCCCAUAUCACAAUGCAUUCCUCCGGCAAAAAACACUCUUGUGACUUCUGCAACUUCAGCUCAGACCAGUAUAGUCUUCUGCAGCAACAUUUGAAAGUCCAUUCCACUAUUACUAUCGAAGCCAAAGACGGUCCUGAGAUGAAGAAUGAAAUUAAGGUAUUUGAACCUCCGGAGUCUGGCAUGAGCAGAAGCCUCCUCUAUUUCCGUGGCAAUAAGGGAGUCAGUGAAGAAACAACGGACAGCCCUGACCCUGAGUUUAAGUGCGAGAGAUGCCCUUACAGUGCUUCAACAAAACAGGAAAUGGAUGCCCAUGAAGACCAUCACAACGUCAAAAGUGAAGCCGAUUGUCCAUUUUGCGACUUCAGUUGCACGCAGAUUGACGAGCUCUUAGAGCAUGCGAGACUUCAUUUUCCCAGCACACAAAUGGACAUGUCCACUCUACAAAACUUGCUGUCCAAAAAUGAGAAGAAGAAGAAUGAAACUGUGGCAAAAUUGUCCCAGUCCAAAAAGGAGCUGGCAGCAGACAACACAUCUGCAGAGACAUCGACUGACAAGACCAUGGAGACAGGCAAGGCCAAUGCAGAGAAGGAUGAUAAAACUGCUGAUGAAAAUGCAGGCAUGCAAGAUCAGAAAGAGGCUACUCGAUCACAGAGAACAAAGGUGUAUGUGUGCCAGUAUUGUGAUCGAGAAUUUGAAGAGAAGGCGUUGAUGCGUGAUCAUGAGAAACAGCAUCUCAUUGGCUCUCAAUACUAAGCUAGUGUAUAAGGUGUGCAGUUGUGUUUGGGACUGUGCAGAAACAAUGUGAUAAUGAGACAAGAAGAACUACUGAACUUAUCAGUACCAAACCUAGCACAGCUCUGACAGCUGAGUAAACUGGUGCCUUAAGUGUCCAGUGAAGAUCUUUUUUUGUGCUGAACUAUUCAUCCUGUGCUAUUUUCUUAAGACUUUUACAAGCAUUGUGCACUUUUAGGACUUCCGCUUUUCAAGCACAAGAGUGAACUGGUGCCUUUUAUUUAAGACUGUUUCCUUGACAAGACUGAGACUUUGACAGGAAUUUAGCUCUUCCAAUUGAUCAGAUUUAUAUUAUAUAUCAUCAUCCAAGAUGUUUUGUGGAUAAUAAUGUGCCUUCUGAGGAAAUUUUAACUUCCCUGUGAACAUUCUUCCAAGAUAUCCUCACUUCCCUAUGACAUUUUGACUUUGAAGUGGGUAUGUGUGUGUUCACUUUACAGCAGUUGAUUCCAGGCCUUCACUGAGUAAAGUGUAGAUAAUGUUUCUUUGUGAUUCACGCAUUGUUUGAGACCUGAACUACACACCCAGUUUGAAAGGCAGAAAGGACUAAAGUGACAUAAGGCAAUGAAGACUCAUUCCAGAAAAAUGGACCUGUACCUGUAAAGGUGCACAACUUUAUGAACAAUAUGCAAAAGAACACUUCCAGAAAACUUAUAUAUGUACAUGUAUAUAUAUAUAUAUGCAAGCCUGCUAAAGCCCACAGGGGAAUGCAGGGCGGUUUUAGUCUUUUACUUUGUUAUACUUUUAGUUCGGGAAUAGAGGAUGAGCUUUAGUUAUACGUUUAUAAAUAUGAUCACUGAUUUGUGCAAUGUUUAUUUGUUAUUGGCAAUAAUUAGAGAACACCGUGUAGGUGUUCAGAGUUUUCUACAAAUGUUGAAAUUUUUC